AUGCCGUCGAUAAUGGGUGCAGAAGCGCACCCAUGGAGGCUUCGUAAUGACCAACAAAAGGGUGUCGCUUCCUUGUCGCCCGAGGACGACAAUAAGCCCAAUGGUGAGGGUGAGGGUGAAGUCCCGCAGAGUCACGUUGAGCGUGAGCUAAUGCGAUUUCGCCGGCUCAAAGACGACUUCUUCCGGCCUGCUGCUGCUGCAGUCGUGGAAGAACCCAAGGCUCCCAGGAGGGACCGCAACUUCAAGCGACUGUGUCGCAAGUUUCGUAAAGGCUACUGCCGCCGAGGCGCAUCUUGUGAUUUCUAUCACUUCGUGCCUUGGGAAAUGCCCGGUAGGGAAUAUACAGACCAUCCUGUGGAUCUGUACUUCGCCAACUUCAAAGGGUUUGAUCACCAACGCCAAAGGCCCUUUUUCGAUGAGUUCUAUCGCAUGUGUGAUCACUUCGGCUGGUCUGAUGACGAGGCCACUGAGCCUUGGUACAAUUUUCGCAUCGUGCUUGUCCAGGAGUUCAACUACGUCUUUGGCGAAGACGAGGAAAAUCUGCAAAACUGGAAAAAGAUGUUCAAAAUCAUCGGUUUAUCCGAGCCAACUUCUCUCAGCGAAGCACACACAGUCAUGCGUCCAACUCGUGUCAACCUCGUGGACAUGCUUCAGUCAAGUCGUACCGGCGAGCCAGUUCAACGCUUCGAGACUCUGAGGGGCCUCAGCGUUUACUCCUACAGUGGAGGCGAGGUCUUGGAUGAUGGUGAUGACUUCCUCGAGCAUAAAGAUCUCCAUAAGGAUGAGGAUUUCUACAAAAAAAAAGCGCAUCCGCGACGACAAGAUCUUUCCUAA